AUGAUUGAGCUACUAUUAGUGGUGCUUACUCUUCUUAGUAUAAGUAGUAGUACGCCUCCAGCAUGUUUCUUAAGCUGUGUAGCGGAAGUUACUCGCAAAUGUCCGUCAAAUUUAAAAGAUAUAUCUUCUGUUUGCAAAAAUGAAGAUGCUUUAGUUGGAUGUUUAGUUGAUAUAUGUCCAUUUGGAACCUUUCAAAGUGCUCGGGAUCAUUUCAUUGGCACUUGUUUAGAACAUGGAAAACCAUCAGUGACCAAUCCUUAUCCACCACCUGCUAUUUGGCCACCUCCCGGCUACGAAGAAAAUAUGCCCAGUAUAAACAAACCAAGACCAUAUCCAUAUUCCAAAAAGAAACAAGAAACACCACCUGUAAAAUUGAUAGAUCCUCAUCAGGGGAAAGGAGGAGGAGGAGGAGGAGGAGGAGGAGGAAAAAAAGGAUCCAUCAAUGACGGUUAUAACCCUAAUCGUCCAUGUGAAUGGGAGGAAAUGGAUUCCCUAGACAAAAAUGGCAAUUUCAUCAUAAUCAGACGGCCAAUCAAUGUCCCCCCAGAAUUUCGAAACCCGGCUAAUGUUGGUAAUACAAGACGUGUUUUCAUUCAAAAUCCAGUAAACUACUUGCCUAAUAGUGAACAACAGAAUGAAAACCAAAACGGACCAAUUCAACGAGUAAAGAAAAUACCCGCUUCUAAAUUGAAAAAUCAAAAAAAGAAAAGGCCAUUAAUCGAUUAUGAUAAUGAUCUGUUCCACGUUAAUGCCGCGUCUCAGCCAGCUUUGUCCGAAAACUCCGCUAACAAUAACAAUAAUGAUCCAUCUGGUUCAUUCGCUCGUCAUAAUGAGAACAAGAUGAACGAACCAGUGCCUUCAUUUGAAGCUGCCAUUUCUAGGAAGCGGAAACUUAAACUAGGCGGAAGCUUUAAUGUCAGAAAAGCCAAGCCCAAGUACCACAAGAUCUAUCGUAAAAAAUCAAGCUCAUAA